GCACGCUAAAAGAGAGACAGACAGACAGAGAGGGAGGGAGAUGGAGAGAAGUGAGGGAGAGCGAGAGCCCAGCGAUGGCUUCAACGACGCGCCUGUGAUCGAUCCAUCUCCACGGGCUCCAUUCCUACUUGGACAUGUGGGACUGCACUUCCGAUGCGCCCUUCUGGGGAUACUGAUCUGGCGUUUCCCGUAUCUCUGUCGUGCUCGAUGCAGUGUGUUCUAGUGGAGGGAGGAUUUGAUGUUCGUUUUUUUGGACGUAAGCGGAAUUCGGUCUAACCGGAUUCCUUCAAGGAAUGGGAGGUCUUAGCACGGUGUGGUGUGCUAUGUGGCGGGGAAUUGGAGCUUCUUGUGAAGUAAUUUAGGUCGUGUGAAGUCUUAGGGGCUGUGUUUAAGACGGUAUGUGGACCCGCAGCGAUUUGCUUGCCGAGACAAUGUCUUGAUGGUCUAAUUUUAAAUAAGUUUUUAAUCCGCGUGGUGUUCAUGAGUGUUGAUUGUAUCGAUCUCGGGUUUUUGUAGUUUGGUGAUUGGCUCUGGUUUUUGGUAGGUCGGAAGUGCGCGAAGCGCUUUGCAUUGAGAUCGGGUUCGGUUUAGAGCGUAAUAAGUUGGAGCAGAGCGUGCGAGACUACGAACUUGGCGUGCGACUGUGCGAUUAUUACACAGAGAUGCGUGUGUAAAUGUCGGAUGGAAAUUUUGUGAAUUUGAGCGCCUUCCGGUUACAUGAUUGGCAGUUCGUGUGCUUUCGAGAAAUCGAGGAGAAUCGGAAGGGAUGAAAUUGGAACUUGUCGGUAAUGUUUGGAGCAGCACAGCUUCGGCCGUCGAGGUUUCUGUUUCUGUGGCUCUCUUGUGCACUUCUGGACUAACAAAAUUUUCGUUAGGGCAAAUAGGAAGUACAGAUGUGGCAUGUAUUGGAGGGGAAUGGCGUCUGUUGCAGCUAAUUUGAACAGCAAGGAAAAUUCUCUCAAUCGGUGUAGGAUGACAGCAGGAAUGCAGACUUUUGUUGCAUAGAUUCCUCUCGCUAUUGCUAUGUACACUAUCGGCUUCAUUCCUACAAACUUCAUGGGUCUUCUUCUGUGGUCCUUGGGCUUUUCGACGAAAUUACACAUGAAGUUGUGCCAUGUUGCAGAUAUGGCUCUUACAUUGAACGUUUGCAUCCCAGAAGCGCUCAUUUUGUAAAUUCUGGCCCAGAUGGAGGCUUCUGGGGAUCUGCUGAUUCGUUUAGUACUUUUAUAGGUUGUUCUCAGACCUUUGAACGACUCUGUUAUUUGAAACUUCCAUUUAUCAGUUUCCAAGUUCUUAGUGAGCCAGUGCGUCUUGCAUCUGCGAAGUCUGCGCAUGCAACCUGCAAUGGAAGCGAUGGGUCCCCACCAGCAACGGCGACGCCGCCGCUCAUCAGUCUCAAAGGAGUUGGCGCCUGGUAACAGGAAAAUAUAUGAUCCUCGAAGGUGGCAUAAGAGGACAAACAGUAAUUCAGAUGUAGGUGGGCAACCCCCUGCAGGAUGGGUCCUCAUAUGGGCUGGUAGGUUCAAGCGUUGGCGACGGCGCUGGUUUGUUGCAAAUCCUCCUGGGCUGCUUCUUCACUACAAGAAUCCAGAUCAAAUCGGCCGUCGUGGAUGUAUCAGCCUCAUUGUACGGAGCCACUGUAGUUCUUACCCCUGGCAAGGAGCGGCAGUUUAAGAUUAUGAGGGGUUCCAUGGUGUAUUAUCUGCGUACGAUCAAUCGCGAUUAUCGGCAGCCUUGGUUGGAUGCCAUUUAUGAAUCAAUACGGGUGUAUCGUGAUUCUGCCCAGACGGCACAAGGUGGAGGUUAUUAUGGAACGGCAUUACUACCUCAGCCUUCUGUACCUUCGCAUGCGAGAGAGGAUUGGGAGAUCCAAGAAAAGGAGCUGAAAAGAAGGGUUAGAGAGCGUCUGAGGGACCUGGAGCCCACUCGGAAGGCUUUUCUUGAUCAGUUGCAGACUCUGCAACAAUCAUUAUCGACUAUCUCAGGUGUGCUUGGUUUCGCUGACCAUGGGGAGGUACCUCAAAAUUCCACGACAAACGGGUUCCCUACCUUGCCAAGGCUGCAGGAGACAAACUGGAGGUCAAAUGGGUUGUUUAUUACAGAGAAUGAAGUAUCAAAUUUGGACGUUUCUCGCCAGCAGAAUGGCACUCCUUCUACAGGAGAUGACAAACUAUCUUCUCCAGAUAUGGGUGCAUCAAACUCCUUUCAGAAUCACUCGGGACCUACGUCGCCUCGAAUGAAUCAGUAUCACGAGAACGAACCUUACAGCAGAAGUGGUCUUCGCUCUCUUGUCAAGUUUAAGAGUGAUUCGGAAGCGUUAAUGCCCAAGAAGUCGACCAAAGAUAUAAAUGGCAGCAGGUCUCAUAAGUCGAUGCCUGUCUCUGAUGUAACGGCUGACGAGAAAUUCGGAAAGGGUAGGCGGAGAAGUUUGUCUUUAUCGGUAUUUGAGCAUCUUGAAGACGAUACCGAAUCUUUCUCUCAGGACGUGAGCUGCAUUGGGGCUGAAUGUUUCCCAGUAAGAAAACGAAUUGUUCAUGGAAAUGCAUCAGAUACUGAGUCAGGUUCCAGAAAGCCUCUGAAGUUCAGUGGGCCCUUGCACCACCAGAAGAAAAAUGGAGAUUCUGUUUACAACUUCACUCCAUCUUCUAGUCAGGAACUUGACCCGAACUUAAUGAAGAAGUUAGAGAAGGAAGUCUUUGUUCCAAACAAGGAAAACGAAAUGUCUUCAGGAUCAGCUUCUAGAUCAGGUGGAGGCUCAAAUCAUGGUAGCAAAGAAGUCAGAUUUGGGGCAGCGCAACUCAGAGCGGUCGAUAAGGAAGGGAGUGGAGGCCCAGGUAGAAACGGGCUAUUCAGCCAGGGGCCUCUUCACGCCGCUUGGAACCACAUGCAGGAUAUGUAUACUGAGGUUUUGAAAGAAGAGAUAUACCGUGUGCUCGAACUUGAAGCGGAGAAUGCCGUUCUACAACAAGCAAUGCGGUCACUGCCCCAACUUCAACAAGAUCGAGCAGCUCUUUUGAGCUUGAAGGAAAGACACAAGAAACAAUGUGAAUGUGGUCGCAAACUUACCUCUGAAGAGGAAGUUGAGGAAUAUGGAGAAGACACCGAAGAAGAGAUUGCUAUAGUGCAUCCUGAUGUUGGAAAUGAGGAAUAUUUUGAGGCUUUGGAAGUCUUGAACCAUCAUGAGUUUGCAUCUCGGUCGAUUUCACCAGAUGAACAAGGCAUUUUAGGGGAGCCAGCUGAUGGUAAUCAAGAACCUCCUGAAGAAGCUGAAACAGGGGAUGCUGAUUUUCUAUCAGAAGCCGAAGGGGAAGAGAUUGACCAGCCUAGGAGAAGAUUACCAGCUCCGAGACCACUUUCUCGAGGAUUUACUGUCUGGACUGUACUGAAGAAUGCAGUGGGCAGGGACCUCAACCACAUCACAAUGCCUGCCACCAUUAAUGAGCCCCUCUCAGUACUCCAGAAGUGUGCAGAGGAACUUCAAUAUCGGCAUUUAUUGGAACAAGCAGUUCAGAAGAAAGGCUCUUUAGAGCGCUUGCUCUUGGCCAGUGCAUUCACUUGUGCAAGCUAUUAUGGAAGUAUUCACCGUGAUGCAAAACCUUUUAAUCCCUUAUUGGGAGAAACAUACGAGUACCAAGAUUAUCAUUGCUGGUUUCUAGCGGAACAGGUCAGUCAUCACCCACCAAUACUAGCCUUCCAAAGUGAAGACACAGGCGGUCGAUAUCAAAUUUAUGGCGAGAUUGAGAUCAAGAACAAAUUUUGGGGAAGAAGUAUAGAGGUGCUGUGUAAUGGAGCAGUUCACUUAAAAAUUCCUAAAUACGGAGACCACAUUACAUGGAACCGAGCAACUCUUUGCAUUCACAAUGUUCUCGUUGGCAAAGCAUGGAUUGAUAAUUACGGAGAGGUAUCUGUUGUAAACCAUUCAACGGGUGACGUUGGUCGUAUUCGCUUCCACAAAGCAACUAGCAGAGAGCAAUGCCGCAUCACUGGGAAGAUUUACGAUUCAAAAGGGGUUCCUCACUAUACAAUAUUUGGUAAUUACAUGGAAGCAAUUUAUUCGUGUCCAGAUUCAUGCACCAAUUUUGACGUAAAUGGCCCCGAUGUGAGAAUGCUUUGGAAAGCACCUGAACAAAUAGAAGAUUAUCGUCAGCAGUAUUGUUUUACCCGAUACGCCCUUGCCCUGAACGAGUUGACACCGAAGUUGUCCUAUGGACUUCCUCCCACUGAUUCAAGGUUUCGACCUGAUCAACGUGCACUGGAGGAUGGGGAUCUGGAGAAAGCAACCCCGGAGAAGCUACGCUUAGAAGAUAAACAAAGGAUUGCUCGACGGGUGCGUAAAGAGCAGGGGAUUGAAUGGCAGAACAUGUGGUUCACUCAGAGAGAGUCUGGAGUGUCAGAAGUGAAGACAAUUGAAGAAGGUAAUGCAGAGCCAUCAUGGGUUUACAAGGGCACUUACUGGGAUGCUCGUGAGAAGCAAAAUUGGGAAGGUUGCCCUGAUAUCAUGUAGGUUGCAGGCACACAUUGAGUAGUAAGCGAAUAGGGUUGAAUACCUGACCCUUAUAUUUUUUCCGGAUUCAUUGCUCGUGUGCACAUCAUACUUUGGGGUGAUUGGCAGAGUUUAAAGUUGUGCACUUAAGCUUGUAUAGGAAUCAUGUAGGUCGAGGGAUUGUUGCACAGUAUGUAUAUGCCGAUUUGUGUUUUGUGACCUGGCGAAGAUUUGAUAGCCACCAGCCUACCAUCAGUCUACAACCAGGCUGAAAGAGAUACUGUAUAAAUAAUUUGCGGAAAUUUACGGAUUCGUUUGGUUAUGUACCCUGCA